CUUAAUAUCUUGUUUGAUUACAGGCUUCUCACUUUUUGUUAUUAACAGUAAUCCUUGAUUUAAGCAGCAAUCAGGUUCUCCUAAGUUACAUCCUUUUUCGAAAUAAUCAUAUGCUACCUUAAAAUCUGACUUUUUUGAGCCUUUCCCUAACAAACUGUAUGUUCCGUAUUUCAAACAACUUUUUCCAUAUUUAUAAUCAUCGCAAUUGGUCUUAUAUACUUUUCCGGCUUUUUCGAAGUCUUUUUUGAUUGAUUCUAGGAAAUCUGCUAGUAAAUGACAAACUAGAAAAUAAAAGGAAUAUGAUUAAAAUAUCACACAAAAUGUGGUUUAGAGGUUAUGUAAGAAUCUUCCUAUCCCAACAUACCUUCUGGUUUCUUUUCGCUGUAACAACCAAAUCGGUAUUCUAUUCCUAAAUUAUUUAUGUACUCUUUUACUUCACUUUCUGAUUUAAAAUUAUAAGCCAUAUUAUUAAAAUCAAAUUAUCCGAAUUUAUAAAUUAGUCUGACAUUUGCCAGUCACAAUAAAAUUGUAUUUUUGAUCUACUCAUUUUCUUCUUUAUAAUUAUUUACAUAAUUUAAAGGAACUAUUACUAUUACGGUAGAUGAAAUACGUGUUUGAGCGAGGACUACCUCCUUAUAGAACUAUUGCACAUAGCUACAACCUAUAUAUGACAGGGCCAAUCUGACCAGUCUGUAGACAAGAAGUUAAUAAAUAAAAAAAAGAAGAAAUAUCGCCAAAAAAUGCCUGAAUACAAAGACCUUACAUAACUAGACUAGAAAUUUAGAUCUAUCUAAGCAAAUGUUUUGUUGUUUGAAACUUUCCUCUGUGAACAGUAGCGUACAGAGAUAAGGAUAACGAAUUAUCCAAAGAAGUGGACUUCAUUGGAAUUAUCUUUUAAUUAUCCUUCCUCCAUGUUAUCUUUUUCCUCCAUGGGGUAGCGUACCAUGACAACCCGUCGAAGUGAAACAAUUUAUCUUCUGAUUUUAAUUAUAAUCACAACCGUCUUAAAACUAAAAUGAUUAUUAGAUCCUGUCAUAUAAAACCUCUUUUAUUCAGUAAUGUCAAUUAAUUUUAAAUCACAUUAAAAGAAACCAUUUGUGUAUCAUGUGAUGUACACAAAACACACAGGGGGUUAUUUAUCUUUUAUCUAUUUAUCAAGAAAACACAAAACAAACUAAUGACGUAAUAGAACAUUUAGCUCCCCCACGUCCCACCCUUCAUUUCCCUCUCCACCAUGAUUUCCCUCUUCCAACAUACCAACAACAAUAACAUAACCAAAUAUUUACAACAAUGACAGAAAACACAUUUUUUUCAAAUGAAGUAAUAAGUUUAGAGAAAAGCAUCGAUUUAACUUCAACCCCAGUCGAAACUAAACUUGAAGAUUUAGAUGAAGUGUACGAAAUAAAUCGGUGUUCAAAAUGGAUUCAAACCAACAAUUUUCAAAGGGUUUGUUUACAGUUCCCAGAUCACUUGCUUCCAGAUUCAAGUCAUGUAGCUUUGAAAUUGCAAAAAAUUUUGAAACAAACUUUGUAUCUUUUAGGUGAUACAGCUUAUGAAAGCUGUUGUAUAGACUACAUUGCUGCUGCCCAUAUAAAUGCUGAUGCUAUAAUUCACUUUGGUCCAGUUUGUUUUUCAAAAACUUCUGCCAACAUCCCGCAUAUAAAUAUUUAUGAAAAAAAGCCCCUAAAUAUUACAAAGUUGAGAAGUGACUACGAUGAAGUCUUUGAAAAAUCAAUGGCAGUUGUUCUUUUAGUAGAUAGUAUUUAUUUACAUUUAAUUGAUAAAAUAGUAACUGCAUUUGCAAAAAUUCCAAAACUACAAAAAUACGAAAACGUGACAAUUCAAAGGAUUGAUGAGAUAGAUGAUAAUUUAAAAAAUAAAGAUAUUAUAUUUUUUUUGGGUGAAAAGUAUCAAACGUUAGUAAAUAUUGCUUUAACAUUUAAACCCAAACAAUUGAAUUACUAUGAUGGAACUGUAAAAAUAUUUGAAGAUGCUUCCAAAAUAAUUAAAAGGAGACAUUUUAUCAUAGAAAAGAUAAAAGAUAGUGAAACUAUUGGUAUAAUAAUUGGAACACUAGGAGUAAAGAACUACUUACAAAUUUUAGAUAGAAUAAAGUCUUUAAUCAGCCAAAGUGGCAAAAAAUAUUAUUUAAUCAGUGUUGGAAAACCUACAGUGGCGAAGCUAGCUAAUUUUCCCGAGAUGGACAUUUAUGUGGUUGUGACUUGUGCAAUGAGCGAAAUUUAUGAAAGCCGUGAUUUCUAUAAGCCCAUAGCAACACCAUUUGACGUAGAAGCCGCCUUAAAUCUCGACCCUGAUAAGAGCACUAACUUUACAUUGGAUUAUAAUGCUUUUCUAAAUGAUGCUAAAGUCGUAACAUGUUCUGAACCGACCGUUAGUCUGUUGACGAACAAGCUCAGGAUAUCAAAACCUGAGGAACAUGUUAAAAUUAAUAAUGACACAUCCUUAGCUGUAAAAGAUGUUGGUACUGUAGCUUUGAAUAACUCUGGAGCUGGUUAUUUGCUACAAAGAUCUUGGCAAGGAUUAGAACAAAAUUUGGGACAAACUGAAGCACAUUUAGCUAAAGAAGGAAGAGAUGGGAUUCCCCUGCAUUACAAAAAUGAAGAAAAUAAUUCUUAAUUUAAUGGGAAACUUUUUGUGUACUUUUUUUUUAUUUAGAUACCAAUAAAGUUCAAAUAGUAGAUAAAAAGC